AUGAGUAAAGCAACAGCCAAACAACUUAUUGAAAAACUAGAAACUUUGCCAGAGAUUGCGACUGAACAUUACGACAAUCAAAAUAUACAUCGUGUACUUGAUUUACUUGUUGAACUUGUUCAAUUGGCGAAUCUUCUUUUUCAACAAUAUGAGCCCUGGAAAAUUAUUAAUGCACAAAAGAAGGUUGAUUCUAUUCUUUUUAUUACCUACGAGACGGUCCGACUUACGGCUAUUUACCUGCAACCAGUUACGCCAGAUUUUGCUGAUAGAUUGUUAUCAAUUCUUGGUAUUCCACACUCGGAUAGAGGCCUAGAAUUCGCUUGUUUCAUGUGUUCACGUAAAGAUUCUGGAACUAUCAGUCUGGAAAAGAAUGAAGCAGUCUUUCCUCGAAUAAAAUCAAUGAAUGAUACUACAACCGCGGAUAAUUCAAUCAUGAGGUUUUCUAAAUUUAUUUUUUUUAAUUUUUUUUUAUUAAGUGCUGACAUUUCAAGGGGGAGUGCUUCUGCUAGUGUUGAAUCGGCAAAUAACACAGAAUUAAUAGAAAGAUUACACCGUCAGUUACGCGAUCUUGAGAGUGAAAAUACAGAACUUAAAAGAGCAAUCCCUCAUUUAAAGAAUUAUGAAGGGCAAGACUGCACUAAAUUUGUUACUGGUAAAUUAAGCGAGCUAGAGGAACAAAAAAGCAAAUAUAGAAGAGCAGUUGACCGCUUGGCAGAGCUGAACAGGAAAUUCCAGAAUUUUAAAGAUGAUGCAAAUGAAAGGAUCAGGGAGAGUGAUAAGAAGUAUGAUGAAUUGAGAACUAUUGCUGAUGCUCUUGAAAAUGAGAAUGUCGGGGUAUUUUUAAAUGCUUUAUUUUUCCUUAAAAUUAUGUUUAAGUUGAAAGAUCGACUCAGAAAUGAAGAAUCCAUAAACUAUCAUCUACGUGAAAAUCGUGUUGCGUCUCCAGCCGACGACAGAUUUGAUCGUUCAUUUGAAGAUUGUUUACAACAUAUUGAUCAAAAUUCUGAUUGUGAAAGCAGACAAAGCACAGCGAGAACAGAACGUCCUGAUUCGGUACGAGAACAUGCUCUUGGUCAACUUCUCUGUUCUCUUUUUGAUAAAUUACGCACUACUGCUGAUGUUUUUGCUCAAAUUCAUAGUGGAAUAGCUGGUGAGGAUGCACAGAACUCUGAGCAAAUAAAAUUGGUUGAGAGAAUUAAGAAUCUCAAAUUGGAUUUGAAUCGUUCGAUUGAAGUAUACAACAAGAAGUUUCAAGAACUUCAAAUGAGUGCGCCUUCAUCUGUUGAAAAUUUAAAUCAUUCGGAAGAAGGACCAAGUCGUAUUAAGUCAUGUUCAAGAUGUAAAAAUAUUGAAGAAGAAAGGGAUACAUUAAAAGCUCAACUCAAUCGGGAAAUACUUUUGAAGAAUGAAUGUUUGGCAACUAGGGAUGAACUAGACAAAAAGUUUCGAGAAACACGCAGAUCGCUUGAAGAAAUGCGAGGUGCACUAGAGCUCAGUAACAGCCAAAUUGAGGAUUUACAAAACAAAUUACAGCGGAAUGAAUAUUAUUAUCAAAAUAAAUAUGGAGGAGCGAGGGAACUUGAAAUAAAUGAUCUACGCAAACAAAUUACUGACCUUCGAAAUCGAAAUUUGGAAUUGGACAAUAAAAAUGAGCAAAUUUUGACGGCAGCACAAAGAUUUAAGGAAUUAAAUCAAGAAGAAUGUGCCAAUAAGGAUAGCGAAAUACAGCAACUACGCACCUCUUUGGAAAGUCAUGUACGAACAAUAAAACAAUUACAAGGAAAAUGCCAGCAAUUGGAAGAGAGAUGUCAGCAAUUGGAGGCAGAAAACAAGAACACAUUAGAAUUAAGAGAUGAAUGGAGACGAAAGGAUAUAAUGUUGAGAAAAUAUGAAGUAAAAAUUAAUAAUCUACGAGAAAUUUUGUCUGAUUAUGGGAGUUACUUUGACCAAACUAUGGAUUAUGAACUAGUUGUAGAACGAUGUAAUACAUUACUUGCAGAGAAAAUAAAUGAAGGACAAAGAAGUACAUCAUCUUCAGUGAAUAGCAUUCCAAAUAAUUGA